ACACUAAAAACUAAAAACAUAAAUUAAAUUGACCCUAUUGUAAAUAUUGUAACCGCACAAGUAAUGAAAAUCAAAUCGGUACCGGCAAAAAAUGGAAGACCUUGAAUCGUCUUUAAAUCAAUACAAAGAACAAAUUAAAAUUGUGCAGCAAUCCCUAGAAGCCACACAUGACCUCAAAGAGAAAGAGUCUCUUUUAACACUACAAUCUGAUUUAAAUCAACUAAUUGAAUUAACUCGAGAGAGCUUAGCAACAGCGACCAGCAAACAUUUAAAAUCCGAUCUACAGAACAAUGAGCAGAAUAAUUUGGAUGAGGAAUAUGCUAGGUUCAUGGCAGAAAUGAAUGACUCAAAUGCAUACAAUGAUGAUAGCAAAAACAAAAAUGAUUCAGAAGAAAAUAACGGCAACAGUGACAUAGAGGAUGACCUCUCUAGUUUAUUGGGUAUGAAGUGUGCUGUUUAUCAUACCCACAAAUGGGGUGGCCAGCCUAGUCUACACAAUGCUAUGGUCAGCUCGAUACUGCCUAGGGCAGAUGAUGACCAAUUCAAUGAUCUUAAGGUUCAAAUAUUAUUUACUCAUCCAACACAUGCAGAAAUGUUGCCUUGUCCAUUUUACCUAGAUGGAGAUUGUAAGUUUAGUGAUGAACAAUGCAGAUAUUCGCAUGGUAAUGUUGUACAACUGUCUGAUCUAAAAGAAGCAAUAGAACCGAAUUUCAGUUCACUUAAAUCCGGUAGCAGUAUUUUGUUGAAAUUGAAACCGCCAGAUGAUGAGGAUGUAAGCAUAACAAAAAAGUCUACAGAAAAAUAUCAUCUAUGGCAUAGGGGAAUAGUGAAAUCUAUAGACAAUGAAAACCAAUUGUGCACAGUUAAAUUGGAGCACGGCGUUAAAACCGGCGAAAAAAGGAAGAUGGGAUCAGAUGAAAUUAUUGUGCGCAUCGAAGAUAUUUUCCCUCUUACCACCGAAUGCGAAGAUGAUUCGGAUUCCAGUGAAGAUCUGAGCGACUCUGAAUAUUCCCAUCAGAAAACAAUACGAACGGAAAUCGACAGACACACGCUUAUCGUCGAAAAGAGCUUACAGAAUAAUGCACCAGCUAUGGGAGAGUGGGAGCGACAUACUAGAGGUAUAGGCUCGAAGAUUAUGUUCGCCAUGGGCUAUGUUGCGGGCUCCGGUCUGGGCGCCGCGGGCGAGGGGCGGACGCAGCCGGUUGAAGCGCGGGUGUUGCCCGUCGGAAAGAGCUUAGACCAUUGUAUGGCGAUCAGUGAGAAACACGCCGGUCAGGAUCCAUUGAAGGUGCAGCAAAAAUUGAAAAGGUUACAAAGGAAAGAAGAAGAAAGAAACAAAAGAGCUUACGAACGCGAGAAAGAGAAAGAGAGAAGAAAUGUUUUCAAUUUUAUCAAUAGGACUUUGGGGGAUAAAGAGCAGACUGAAACCAACAAUUGUGAUCCGACCGAAGUUGACGUUAAACAGUCCACUAGUAAAGAUUUGAAUAUAGAAAAAUUUAAAAUAGAUGAAGAUGUAAAUAGAAUCGAACGUGAAAUAAUAAAGUUGAACAACUCAUUAGUUAAAUAUCCUCAGGGAACAAGUGGUCACACGAAUAUUAACCUACAGAUCAGAGAGAAAACUAAAGAACUACAAGCUUUAAAACAACGUGAGCGAGAUAUCAUUAAAGAACAAAGACUUAGAAAAGAGAAGGAAAAGAUGACAAUAUUUUAAGUAAUUAAAUUGAUAAUUACAAAUUGUUGUUAACCUAAAUGUGUUUUAAUUAUUUUAUUACACGGUUACAU